UCAAUCUGUCGUCAUCGAUUCGUAAACGGUACCCCCAAGACCCAGCCAGCGCGCACGACCGGCCUCUGUGAAGCCUGAUUGCCUCCCCCCCCCCGCGAGCUUCGACGACGGGCCUUGCCAAUAGUGCUCCUGUUCUACUCUGUUCCAUCUGGCUAUAUUACCCACUUCUCUCGCCAUGUCUUGGGAACUUACCAAGCGACGCUUCGCCCGCGCCGCCAACAGCAAAUUCAUAUUCGAUCGCAUCCCCCUCCUCCAUGCCGUCAUUUUCUUCAUCGAGAUGGCCAUCAUCGCGCGGCUGGCAUCGCGGUUCAACGCCUACUACGAUGGACGACCAGUCCUUACCAUGAUGGUAACCAACGCCGUUCUCGGAGGUAUCGCCGAUACUGUUGCCCAAACCAUCACUUCGGUUCAGCAGCGAGCACUGCAGAAGUCCGUCGGCAUCUCGGACGAUGAAAGAAUCGCCAUCGAGAUCCACGAGCUGGACCGCAAGGAUUCCUGGGAACGAGACCUGAUGCCCGAAUCGAAAAACCUGCCGCCCGCCUUCGACUUCGAAAGGUUGACGAGAUUCAUGGCCUACGGUUUCGCCAUGGCCCCUCUACAAUACAAGUGGUUCAGCUUCCUGUCGCGGGCGUUCCCCAUCACUAAGACGAGCGCGUUCGCGCCGGCAAUGAAGCGGGUGGCCUUCGACCAGCUGAUCUUUGCGCCGUUCGGCAUCGCGUGCUUCUUUACCGUCAUGACCGUCGCCGAAGGAGGUGGCCGGAGGGCGGUGGCGCACAAGCUUAGGGACAUGUUCGUCCCGACCCUCAAGGCCAACUUGAUGGUGUGGCCCGCCGUGCAGAUCAUCAAUUUUCGGUUGAUGCCUGUGCAAUACCAACUUCCGUUCGUGUCCACGAUCGGUAUCUCUUGGACGGCGUACCUCUCGCUCACGAAUGCGUCGGAAGAUGCCGAGCUGCAAAAGUCGGCGCCGUAUUCUCCUCGUAUCCGGCUCCAGUAAAAUUACUAGCUGCCUACACCCACAUUUUUCUUGCUCUAACAGACGUGCCGGCUGAACACGUUAACGCGGUGCGAUGCGAUGGGGUACGGUUUACCCCCUCGCUUCUCGAAUUCUUGCAUACGCUUGGGUUAAUAGAACUCGAGGGAAGGUAUAGUUGUACGGUUAUACAUUAUACGGUUAUA